UCUUUGGGAUUUUAACUAACUGCAUCCCCAAAGCUCUCCAUGUUGUGAGGCCUCUGCCAGGGAGACAAGCGCCCACAUCUCCCUCUCUGAGCAACUGCAGGAUCGGGGCUUUGGGUAGAUGGCGAACAGAGAACUAGACUGUGCCCCUGCCCCAGUGCUUCCUGCCCCUGGAUGCCGUGAAUUUGGUGCCAUGUCUUCAUGCCGUUGGUGCCGUGUUUCUGCUGAAAUGUCUCCUUGUAUUUCCUCCAGAAAUGAGCUUUCUGAACAUCAGCUCGGCUGGCAGCAGCGUGACAGUGCAGUGGGCAGCAAAGACCAAUGGGACCUUCUACUGCUUUGAGAAGCAAUCCCUGGAAGAGCCACAGGAGGACCAAGAGGAAUGUAUCCACAAACAAUUAUUUGAGAAGGACAGCUAUGUGGAUACAGGGACAGUGAAACCCAGGAAGUGUUACAGAAUUGCCAUUCACGGAGGGGGACCAGAGAAGCACUGGACGUUCGGUUCCAUGUACCACUUUGCUACAAACACUUCUUUUGAUGGGCCCAUUCACAUCCGGAACAUCACAGCGAACUCUGCUUUCCUGCUGUGGAAGCCGUCACCGCUCUCCCAAUGCCCCGGCAUGCUGAAGAAAUACAUUAUCUGCUACACAAGCGAGCAGGACAACGGAACGGCAUGUCAUGAAGCGAACUCCUCAGCGACACACUACACCCUCCAGGACCUGCAGCCCAGCACCUCCUAUCGAGUUAGGAUUCAGGCAGCCACAGCAGACGGAGAUGGGCCCUGCAGUCCCCAGCACCUGUUUAAGACCACGAAGCUCGGUCCCAACCCUGCAGAGUGGAAGCUCAACCUCAGGUACCUCAGUAUUUUCCUAGGCGUCCCUGUCCUGGCUGUGUUUUACCACUUCAUCAAAAAGAGGGCCAAGAAAGUGCUGUUCCCGCCUCUGCCCAACCCCAAGGACAGCGAAGCCAUCAAGUUCCCAGCUGAGGAGAUGAGCCCGGUGAAGCCCCGGCUAGGCUUUGUGGAGCUGUCAGAGAAAGUCAGCCCCACAGAACCGCUGGUGACCGAAUUUAUCUCAGACAAAGGGGAGCCUGACACGAACACAGAGACUCGCUCGCUGCAUCUCUACGCCGGGACUGAAGAAACGGCAGAGAUGUUACAGGCCAAGGAGGGGCAGGCAGGCUCUGAGAAUGACCUGCCAUUUGAGUAUAGAAGGCAGGUGCUUCUGACCCCAGCGGAAGAGGAACAGGAAGAAGAUGAUUUCAGAGAAUUCGCUGGUGUUUGUGGUCAAAAUAACCUUGCCGAAGUAGGCACAGGCCCUUCUCAGCCCCACCCAGAUGAGGGUGCUGCCCUGGAGCGGACAGGGCUCUCUCGGCCUCUGGUGCAGCUCUCCUUGCUGCUCUCAGACAAGCCCGUCAUAAUAAAGAGUGGGGGCAGCUUUGAUCUUUGACAUGAUGAGUGAGCCUGGUCACAAGGGUUCAGCUUGGGACAGCCUGGGAAGACCGAGGGUUGCAGUGACCCCAUGGUGCAGGACAUAGGAGCCUCAGCAGAUCUCCUGAGAGACUUCCGACCUCAGCCUCUGUUUUCAGAUUUUGAGUGUGAACUCUUUGCCGCAGGGACUGUCUUUUAUUACACGCGCCCCAGUCCCACAAUGAAAUACUGAAUAGGAAGACAGGUUUCAGAGCGGUAUCCGUGUUAGUCUGUAUCAGCAAAAACAAUGAGUUGUUUUUACUGAAUAGGAAGAAUGAACUGUUCAAACAUCCUUUAUAUUUUGAUGUGUGAGAAAAGGUCCCAUAGUCCAGCCAUGGUCUCCUAUUUUCUCAUAUUCCAGAGCCCCUUUCCUUGAUUAGUAUCAGGGGGUAGCCGUGUUAGUCUGUAUCCGCAAAAACAACAAGG